GGAGAAGGGCGGGGAUGCGAAGGCGGGCGGCAGCUCGGGCCCCCCCUCCGGGUUGGGGAGGCGGAGGGAGGGCAGCCGUCGGGGGGGGCGGCUUGGGUGUUCCCCCCCCCCCCCCCGCUCCCCUCCCGCUUCGGAGGGAGGCGGGGAAGGCGGCGGGGGCGGCGCGGCGGAGCUCCCGGUGUCCCGCCGCGUUCCCACCGCCCCGGACCGGCCGGACCCGCGGUGCCGCCCGCUCCCUCCCGGGCCCCCCCCCAGGCAGCCGCGUUGGCCCCGCGCCGCAGCCACCGACACCAUGAGGGGUCUCUGGGCCCUCGCGCUCGCGGGGCUCGUCAGUGCCUGCGAGGGGAAAGAGCUGCCGCCAGCGGAAGGGGGGCUGUGCCCGCAGCUGUGGGAUGAGGAUCUGGUUGGGGACAAGUAUGAGAACAUAACGGGUUUCAACCUGAUUAAAAGGUUCGACCUGCUGAAGAUCUCCUCCAUCAAGAAAGUCCGCAACCCGAGGGGGCCGGUGGUGCUGCGGUUGGGCGCCGUGCCGCUGGUCCAGCCCACGCAGCAGGUGUUUCCCCGUGGGCUGCCCCCCGCCUUCACCCUCAUCUUCACCUUGCUGCUGAAGAAGAAUAGCACUGGGGAGCACUGGUACCUCUUCCAAGUCACUGACCGGCAGGGCUACCCCCAGCUCUCCCUGGCCGUGCACGGCCCCGAGAAGAGUCUGGAGUUUCAGGCCAGGGCGCCGGGGGCCGCGUUCGUCAGCGCCGUCUUCGCGGGGAAGGCCGUGGCGUCCCUCUUCGACGGGCGGUGGCACAAGGUGGUGGUGGCCGUGCAGAGCCGCGCCAUCUCCGUCCACCUCGACUGCGCUUCCAUCUCCUCCAAGCCUCUGGCCCCCCGGCGGGCGCUGGCCCCCGAGGGCAAUGCCUUCCUGGGGCUGGGUGCUGUGCGCGGCACCCCAGUCCGGUUUGAUCUCCAGCAAGCUCAGAUCUACUGUGACGCCGAGCUGGCCAGGCAAGAGGGGUGCUGCGAGAUCACAGAUAGCGGGCAGUGCCUCACGGAAGCACCCAAGACCCGUCGGCAAGCGGAGCUGAUGCAGAGCAGCAACCUCAUCGAGAUCUCGCCGCAGCCCGAGGGCCGGGUGUACACCCGCUGCUUCUGCCUGGAGGAGCCGCUGGGCGUGGAGCCAGUGAGGACCUCGGGAAGGACCGGCCUGAAGGGAGAUCACAGGGAGAAGUGCCCACCCUGCUCGCCGCAGACGGCCUCGGCAAACGUCACGCUCGGUCCCCCGGGUCCAAAGGGCGGGAAGGGCGAGCGCGGCGUGCCCGGCACCGCCGGCGGCAAGGGGGAGAAAGGCGACCGCGGUGCUGACUGCGUGCGCACCCACCCCGGUGGCCCUGUGCAGUGCGCCGAGGGGCCGCAGGGCGAGAAGGGGCAGCGUGGAGAGGCGGGGCUCCCAGGGGCAACCGGCACCGACGGACAGAAGGGUCAGAAGGGUGAGAAGGGCGACGGGGGACUGCAGGGCAAGCCGGGGCGCCCGGGGCGCGAUGGCCGGCCCGGAGAGAUUUGCGUGGUGGGUCCCAAGGGUCAGAAGGGUGACCCUGGUCUUGUGGGACCCGAGGGACUGGCUGGCGAGCCGGGGCCGCCGGGGAAGCCAGGUUCUCCGGGGAUUGGCUUUCCAGGGAAGCCGGGUGACCCUGGUGGCCCCCCAGGUCCAAAAGGAGAAAAGGGCAGCUCGGGAGCUCCUGGACCCGGAGGAUCGCCUGGGACACCCGGACCCCCCGGUGUCCUGGGGCCGAAAGGAGACAAGGGCGAGCCGUGCGAGGUGUGUCCCACCAUCUCCGAGGGGACACUUGGUGCCACCGGGCUGCCCGGCAAACCGGGACCCAGGGGAGCACCCGGAGCACCCGGCAAGGACGGGGUCUCGGACAGACCUGGCCCCACGGGACCCAAAGGGGACAGGGGAGAUCCCGGCAUCCACGGGAUGAAAGGAGAGAAGGGGGACUCCUGCCUGUCCUGCGAUGCCCGUGUCCUCGCCGCGCUGCUGCGGGGUCCCGCCGAGGGGCUCGAGGGUGAACCGGUGCCGCUGCAACCGGGGCUACCGGGCAAAGCGGGGCUCCCCGGGCUGGCCGGCAUCAAGGGCGAGAAGGGGGAUGGCGGCCAGGAGGGACCCACGGGCAAACCGGGGCUCCCAGGGGACAAGGGCGAUCCAGGCAUGCGGGGACUCAAAGGAGAGAAGGGCGAGCCAUGCGGGCAGUGCCCUCCCACGCCGCAGGCUCUCGAAGGGGCAGCGACGGUGCUGGCAGUGCCCGGACCCCCGGGGCAGAGGGGCCAGGGUGGCCCCCCGGGCAGAGCGGGCAGACCUGGUGACGCUGGCCAGAAGGGACAGAAGGGGGACGCAGGCAGCCCUGGGGACCCAGGCACCCCGGGCACAGCCGGUCUCCCGGGGCUGUCAGGUGAGCCCGGCAUCAGGGGUCCAGCCGGUCCCAAAGGCGAGAAGGGAGACGCCUGCGAGCCCAGCCCCACUCUGCACGGAGACUUUUCGGAUGUGAUCGGCAUCCCGGGAAAACCUGGAGCCAAAGGGGACCAGGGCCCCCCGGGCAUCGGCCAGCCGGGCAGACCUGGGAAGCCGGGGCUGCCUGGGGUUCAGGGCCCGGCCGGGCUGAAGGGGCUGCAGGGUGAGCCGGGACCGCGGGGGAUCGGCCAGCCGGGACCGCAGGGAGAGCCCGGGAGCACCGGACCACCCGGGACCCCUGGCCCCCCCGGACCUCAGGGACCCCCGGGGAUGGCGGCAGAGAAAGGUGCCAAGGGAUCUCCGGGACCCAAAGGUGCCGUGGGGCCCCCUGGGCCACCAGGAACCAGCAUCACGGGGCCACCGGGCCCUGAAGGGCAGCGGGGGCUCCCCGGGGUGCCCGGGUCCAGUGGGCAGCCGGGGGAGAAGGGUGCCCGGGGUGAGAAGGGAGACCCCGGGGAGUGCCCCUGUCCCCCCGGCCCCCGCCAAGACCCCAGCUACGCCGGGAUGCCGGGAGCCCCAGGACUCUGGACUGGGAUGUCCUGGCAGCCGCAGCCGGGCCCUCAGGGUCCCCCCGGAGCCCCUGGACCCCCCGGCCCCCCCGGUGCCCCAGGCCGCCAGGGGAUGCCAGGACACAACGGUUUGCCAGGACUGCCCGGGCCGGCUGGAGACCUGGGGCCGCUGGCCGUCAUGGCCGAGAGGAAUAUUGAAGUGCUGAAGAGCCUCUGCGGGGACUGCACCCAGCUGCAGGCAGCCUUCGAAGCACCCAGCGGCGUCAAGGGAGAGAAGGGGGACAGGGGCAUGCCGGGUGCCCCCGGCAGCGAGGGCUGCGCCCGCUGCUUUGACCAGUUCCCGAGAGCGGAGGAGGCUCGGGGUGACAGCCCUGACCCAGACUGUGUGGGUGAUCCCGGGCUGCCAGGUGCCCCGGGCAUCCCUGGCGAAAGAGGCGAGCAGGGCUCACCGGGACUGCGGGGACCCCCGGGACCACCCGGGCCCGUCGGUCCCCCGGGCUUUCCUGGAACGCCUGGCGCACCCGGAUUGCCCGGUCUCCAGGGGGAACGUGGCCCUGCCGGGCUCGCCGGAGCCAAAGGGGAGCCGGGACCUCCAGGGCAGCCCGGCUACCCCGGCGCAACAGGUCCCCCCGGCCUUCCCGGCAUCAAAGGUGAGCGAGGCUACGUGGGUCCCCCUGGGGAGAAAGGUGAACUGGGACCCCCCGGCUUGGACGGCCUCCCCGGUCCCACAGGGCCAGCGGGACCGAGGGGCGAACGCGGGCUCCCGGGCAGCGCUGGUGAGAAGGGGGACCAGGGUUUCCAGGGCCAGCCGGGCUUCCCGGGGCCACCGGGGCCCCCCGGCUUCCCAGGGAAGGUCGGGCCAGCCGGGCCACCGGGCCCCGCGGCCGAGAAGGGCAGCGAGGGCAUGCGUGGGCCCACGGGGAUGCCAGGACCCCCCGGACCUCCCGGACCCCCGGGCAUCCAGGGCCCCGCUGGCUUGGAAGGACUGGAUGGCAAAGAUGGCAAGCCAGGGCUGCGGGGUGACCCCGGCCCCCCUGGACCACCAGGGAUGAUGGGUCCUCCGGGCUUCAAGGGGAAGACAGGACACCCGGGUCUCCCGGGACCGAAGGGUGACUGUGGCAAACCCGGCCCCCCGGGGAGCACGGGCCGGCCGGGAGCGGAGGGUGACCCCGGACCCAUGGGACCCCAAGGCCGGCAGGGACCCCCGGGGCUCAUCGGCCCCCCCGGCAGCCCAGGGCAGCCGGGUCCCGCUGGCCUCGCUGGAGUGGGGCUGAAAGGCGAGCGGGGCUCCGCGGGGGAGCGAGGGCUGCCAGGGCUCCCAGGUCAGCCAGGACCCCCGGGCCACCCGGGACCACCGGGGGAGCAGGGACCGGACGGACCCGUUGGGAAAGAGGGCCCCCCAGGAAAACCCGGCAUCACAGGACCGGCUGGCCAGAAGGGUGAAGCUGGAUCCCCCGGCGAGAGGGGUUACCCCGGGGAGAAGGGCAGAGCCGGCACGCCCGGGGGGCCAGGGAAAAGUGGCUCCAUGGGCCUCGUGGGGCCACGGGGGCCCGUGGGGGAGAGGGGCCCCCCUGGCUCGCCGGGCCCUGUGGGCAGCCCUGGGCUGCCGGGCCCCCCCGGGAUGAUGGGAGACGUGGUGAAUUACGACGAGAUCAAGAGGUACAUCCAGCAGGAGCUGAGCAAGAUGUUUGACGAGCGGAUGGCGUAUUACACCUCCCGGCUGCACUUCCCGGUGGAGAUGGUGGCAUCCCCAGGGAGACCAGGUCCCCCGGGGAAGGACGGGCUGCCCGGCCGGCCGGGACCCCCUGGUUCUCCAGGGAUGCCGGGGCAGAUCGGCAGAGAGGGGCGGCAGGGCGUGCCGGGCAUGCGGGGUGAGCCGGGCGCCAAAGGAGAGAAAGGCGAGAAAGGCGUGGGGGUGAUGGGGGACAGCGGCCCCCCAGGACCCCCAGGUCCCCAAGGGCCACCGGGCUACGGGAAGAUGGGCCCCCCAGGUCCCGUGGGACAGCAGGGCAUCCCCGGCAUCCCCGGCCCCCCCGGGGCUACAGGGCAGCCGGGCAAGACGGGGCACUGCAGCCCAGCAGAGUGCCUGGGAGCCAUGCCCCUGGAGCAGCCCCUCUUCCAGCCCAAAAAUGUCAAGGGGCCCUUCGGCUGAGCCCCCCCCCCCCCCCCCCCCCGUACUCCCCCCGACCUUUGCUGUUAAUAUUAUUUCCCCGCUGUGCCGGGGGCUGUGCCUGUCCCGCGGUGGGGGGGAUGCGGGUGGGGAAGGGGUGCGGGUGUUGUACAGCUCCGUUCGCGAUCGUGGGGGGCAGGUGGAUCCUGCUCGGUCAAAUACACCCGUGCUGGUGCCCC